AUAGAUGUUUAAUAUUUGUGUUUACGUUUUUAUGUUUAAUAUAUAAAAUUAUUUUCAUUACUGGUGUAUAUACUGUUACAUAUCUUAAAUUUAAGAAAUUUAAUCUUGUGGUUUUGUCUAUUAUAUUCUAAUAUAUUAUCAUUUCAUAAGUUUAAUUUUCUCAUAUAUACGUUUUUUUUAAUUUAUUAUGGAUAUACUCAAAGCAGAAAUAGCUAAGAAGCGAAAACUUCUGGAAGAAAAAAAUAUAUUGGACCCAAACAAAAAGUAUUUUAAAAGAGGUGAACUUCUUGCUAAGGAACAGGAAGAAUAUUUCAAAAAACAUUACCAACAGAAUACUGAAGCAGAGAAUAUAGAUAAAAAAAGGGAAAUCGAAAAAGCCAAUAAGCAAGAGACUGAAAGAGAACAGACAGAAAGUGUAUCUCUGCCCAGAACAGAAGUAAUAAAAAGAUUAAGGGAAAGAGGGCAUCCAAUAUUAUUGUUUGGAGAGAGUGAACUACAAUCUUUCAAAAGAUUAAGAAGAAUUGAAAUUCAAGAACCAGAAGCCAAUAGGGGUUUCAGGAAUGACUUCCAAGAAGCCAUGGAGAAAGUGGAUCAAGCUUACCUAAAUGAAAUACUGGCACUCGGAACACAGAAUGAUAGUGAAAAGUCUCAGAAGGAUGAUGAUAUGGAUGAUACUGUAACUUAUGAAUUUAUUCAAGAGAUGGCAAAAACAAUGGGUCAAGGUGAUAGAAACCAUGAUAUGAAUGUAAUAAUGACAUUGUUAAAAUUUCUCUUAAAACUUUGGGGACAACAGCUAAAUUCUGCUACUGCUGCAGAAAAAACAGCAACAAAACACAAAAUGGUUAGAGCUACCUACACACAGACACAAGUAUAUCUCAAACCGUUAAUGAUUAAAUUAAAGAAAAAAACUCUGCCAGAAGAUAUUUGUGACAGCCUCAUGGAGAUAACUAAACAUUUAUUAGAAAGAAAUUAUAUAAUGGCAAGUGAUGCGUAUCUACAGAUGGCAAUAGGUAACGCCCCGUGGCCCAUUGGUGUGACUAUGGUCGGUAUUCACGCUCGUACUGGUCGUGAGAAAAUUUUUUCCAAAAACGUCGCCCACGUAAUGAAUGAUGAAACUCAAAGAAAAUAUAUACAAGCUCUGAAAAGGCUCAUGACAAAAUGCCAAGAAUAUUUUCCAACUGAUCCAUCUCGUUGUGUAGAAUACAGUACAACCAAAUAAAAAUAUUUUUGUGAAUUAA